GGUAUUUGUCAAGGCUCUUCAGGAACAGCUUCCUCUUCUUUUGAUGUAUUUGUCUGUGAUGGCCAAACAGCUUCUUUCUCCUACAAUUGCUUUCCCUCUCAGGUCCAUUCCCACAUCAUCAGCCACCUCAAGAGGGAGAUGCCAUCCGUCUUUGGCAAGGACAACAAGAAGAAACAGCUGAUCAACAAGCUGCCUGUCAUCUUUGCCAAGAUCCAGCUGGAGCAUCACAUUUCGCCUGGCGACUUCCCCGACUGCGACAAAAUGCAGGAGAUGCUGAUGGUCCACGACUUCACCAAGUUCCACGGGCUGAAGCCCCGCAUGGUGGAGGCCCUGGAUGAGUUGCUGACCCUCGACAUCGCCAAGCUGAUGCCCCUCUUGCGCCAGGAGGAGGUGGAAGUCCCCGAGCAGAUCGUCCAGGGGGGAGCCUUCGACGGCACCCGCAACGGGCCCUUCGUCGAGGGGGCCACCGAAGGCGCCUACGAGGGCAUGGAUGAGGACGAGUGGGUCGUGACCAAGGACAAGCCCAAGUACGACGAGAUCUUCUACAACCUCUCCCCAAUGGAUGGCAAGCUAAGCGGCACCAAGGCCAAGACCUGGAUGGUCACCACCAAGCUGCCCAACUCGGUUCUCGGCAAGAUCUGGAAGUUGAGCGACGUCGACCGGGAUGGCAUGUUGGAUGACGAGGAGUUCGCUCUGGCCAGCCACCUCAUCGAGGUCAAACUCGAAGGCCACGGCUUGCCCUCUGACCUGCCCCGCCAUCUUGUUCCCCCUUCCAAGCGUCGGCAGAAGGGCUCGGCUGAGUAAACCGCUUCCUGAGUUUGCUCCCCACGCCCCCCCCAAUCCUUCCUAAUCACCAGGCUUGAACUACUCCAGGAGGCGCUGGGCCUUCUCCAAUUUUCCUUGAAGCAAACUUCCAGGCUUGAUUUCCUGACGAAGGCCUCGCCUAGCAGCCGAGCACAGCAUAGGAACCCUGCUUUCUGCUCUUCUCUUCAAGCGAGGCUUCCGGCUCAAACUUCUCCAUCCCUUCUGGGUUUUCUUAAGCGACUCCUGUCCACCUCAAAAAAAAAAGCCUCAUUUCCUCAUGCAGAAUUAAACCGGUUGAACCCACAAUGUCAACGAUCUACAGUAUCUACAGCGUUAGACUUCUCACAAGAGCCUUUCUUCCCAGAAACCAAACUCAACUUCAUUGGCUUCCUGAACCAGCUAAAAAUAUGACUUCCUCCACGCCUAGUUCCAACUGUUCCUUUAGGCCAAAGUCUAGCCCACCUCAGACCCAUCUUAAGGUUUUACUUCUCUUCGUAGUCCAUGGCCAGAUCUGCUAUCAACCUAUGCUUCAGGUGGACUGAACCUUCUAGCUUUCUUUAUCUUUGGUCUCCCUAGAAAUGGUCAACAUCUUUCCGUCUUUGCACCUUUUGUCUACAACCCCCUUUGCUGAUUGCUUCUCCCAUGACUAGUUAUGGAUGGAUGGAUGAAAGGAAGGAAAGAAGGAAGGAAGGACAGAUAAAGGGGGGAGCAGAAAUAGGUGACUGGAAGCAGUCCAUCAAAACCCCAAACAACGUUGACCCCAAAAACCAUGGUUGAAGGUGGAUCUGAAAUGAUCAUAGAUGGAUCCUCGAAAUGUUUCCCUUUAGAAGCAGAGGGAUAGCAGAGAUAGAGAUGGAAUGAGAUCCUUCUGGCUUAAAGCAGGGGUGUUCCAUACUCUUCCCCUCUCUCUUUCUUCUGUUGGCAGAAGAGACUUAAUCGUAGAAGACCUUUCUCAAAGCAAGAACAGGCGGUGAGAAGACUACCCUCCGAGGACACCAUGGAGAUUGAGGCCCAGAACGAGGCCCAGUGUUAGAGAAAUUCAUACAUCAGGUCUGUGGAGGUUUCCUCUUUCGAACUUGUACAACGAAAGU